AUGCCCUGCAUUGUUCUCCGGGGUCUGAGCCAUGCAGGGCAGGGGACAAGUUUUUCCACUUGCCUUCAAAGUCUCCAUCAUGUGAGAGACCCCGCGGGCGUCAGGUUUUCACUUUUCCACGGCCGAAGUCCUUGGAAUUGCCAAGCACUUCAAAGCCAAGGCAAAGCUGGGGCCUUCGGAGCCGGGCAGCUCCGGUCCCGCUUCCUUGGCCCCUGCGCUCUCGCAGCCCUCCUCCUCAUGAGCCCCGCCGGUCCCCAAGACACACGUGCACCCAUCGUUUCUCCCUGCAGUGAGCUUUUUACAUCAGGAGCUGCUUCCUGGCGGAACAAAGUUCAAGUGCACAGAGUUCCCGAGCCCCUGCGGGCAGAGGGCACGGAGUCAGCAGCAGACGCCCUCCCUCCGCUGGCCCGAAACCAGGCGGCGGGAUCCCACUCAACCAGCACCAUCGGCUGGAGACGAAGAAGAAGAAGAAGAGGAGGAGGCGAGCGCGGGGGAAGGCGAAAAAGAAAAAGAAGGGGGCUGCGGCUCAACAUCAACGCCCGAGAGCGCCGGCGGAUGCACGACCUGAACGACGCGCUGGAUGAGCUGCGCGCGGUGAUCCCCUACGCGCACAGCCCCUCGGUGCGCAAGCUCUCCAAGAUCGCCACGCUGCUGCUCGCCAAGAACUACAUCCUCAUGCAGGCACAGGCCCUGGAGGAGAUGCGGCGCCUGGGCUACCCGUUCAGCGCCGGGCUGCCCCCGGCUGCCUCUUGCCCGGAGAAGUGCGCCCUGUUCAACAGCGUCUCCUCCAGCCUCUGCAAACAGUGCACGGAGAAGCCUUAAACACCCCCCUGAGAAACAUAAGACCGACCCAAAAGCUAGAGGAAAGGGAAACGCUGCCCCCACCCCCUUUAUUUCAGUCCUCUGGUAGUUGUGAAACAUUUGCAGAGCAAACAAAGCAGAGGCGAGAACUGAGGAGACGUAUCAGAGACACACGGGACUUGAGCCUUGACAUCCCCAGAAUCUCGGUCUUCGGAGUGGGAGGGAGGGAGGAAGGAGGUGGAGUUGAGCUGAAGUAUGGAUGUCUUUUUUCUCAGAAAAGUGGCAACUUUGGUGGCAGCCUAGGACGCCAGGAAGCAGUUUUGCUUUAAGGUUAAAAAUAAGUUUGAAAAGUAGUCGCUUGGGUAUAAAGUGUGGAGAGUAUUGAUACUAAUCUUACUAAUAAUUGUGAAUUUGGCUAGUGCUGAGGGGGAGAGGAGUCUGGGGUUGGGUGGCUUGUAGGACGGAAUAUUCAUUCAGACAAAUCAGAAAGGGCACUUGAAAAUAAAUUUUGAUUCUGAGCCAGGAGAAAAACAUGGAAGGUAGAUUUAUUUAAGUGAAAAGAAAAAAGGGAGAGACACGUUGCUAUGAAAGACUUGUAUUUUUUAUUGUCUCUGAACUGUGAAAACGCUCAAAAGUUUUUGGCAAGAGUGAUAUAAAAAAAAAAAACUGUGGCUGAAAGAAUUGCAUUUAAAAAUAUUUAUGUGCACCUUGUUACUUUCCACUCUGCAAUGAUGUAUUAACCAUUCAUGGUAUUUAUUUGUUAUUCUUCAAUGACCCACAUCAACAGUAUUUAUCAUGUGUAAGGUCAUGGGUCUUAUGUGCAGAUUUUUUUAAUGCCUCUAAAAUUCUGUUUUAUAGAUUAACUUAUACUGUGUGCCAAGUGUUUAAAAGGUUUAUUUGCCAACAAGUAUGAAGAGACCUAUUGAUGUAUCUGAGCCGCUUAGGUUUAUCAAAGGUCACCUGGAUUUUUUUCAGUUGCGUCAUCCCUGUAUUUAAAUUGAGCUUUAAUAAAUUGCUUCAGUCCAAAAAUUACAGGAAAGGUGUAUUCUUAAUUGAUGAACGAAUUGAUCUCUUUUUUUGAAAGGGGACUCCUUUGCAUUCUUAAAGGGAAAAACAUCACAGCAAUAGAACCUAUAAGUAAGACCAUGCUAAGCAAAUAUUUUUCCAGGCUGUGCUGUGCAUUUUUAAAAGCUCUAAUUUAAUUGCUUUUAAUAUAUAUGUACAUAUAUAAGUUAUUUUAAUUGUGGAGAAUUAUUUAAGUUAAAAGACUGGUUUGAUUUGCCUAUGGUGUGAAAUCCUUUGUUAUUUUUCUAAGAAAAAAUAAAAUAAAAUUUAAAAACAAAGCUAAGGAAGAGCAAGAAGCUAUUUACCCAAAGUGAGCUUUCGGUUUUAGUUUGCAUGGCUGUUUGCCUGCCUUCCUAUCCUACAAAAAUCAAGAAAUCCUUUUUUUUUAAAAAAAAAUGGAGUCCUGCUAUUUUCCACUCCUUGCAGAUAAUACAAGUUUAGUUUGUCAGGUUAUGGCGAGCUGGGAGCUGUGAUGGAUCUAUUGGUGGGUUUUGGAUGUAUAAAGAAUGAUAUAUAUUCAAUAGGUCAAUCAGACUAUGACAGCUAUGUACAACCAUUUGUAUGUGUAUCUAUGUCAGAAAGAAUCUUUAUUAAAAUAUUUUGAUCAAACA